CACUCUAUCCACAACGUAGCAUCUGCGCAACAACUCCGGUGCUUCUGCUUGACCUGCGCGGCAAUGGCGUCUUACGCUCUCUCCAAGCUCUCGCCGUCGACGCCCUUCUCGCCGUCGACCCGCGCUCGGUCCCCUCACCGGCCGAGGCUCGCGAGCUCGUUGAGAUUGCCGAACGCGUGGCUCCUCGGCGCGAGCGAUUUGGCGCUCCGUUCGACGAGCCUCGUCUCGCGGUCGUCGAAGCCGCGCCCGAUCAUCGCCACCGUCGCCUUCAGCCUCCCCACCGCAAAGCCGGAGAGGGUCUCUUCCGGUGAGAAUGUUCCCAGAUGGUCGAGGAGGGCGAUAAAGUCGUUUGCUAUGGGUGAACUCGAGGCGAGGAAGCUCAAGUAUCCGACUACUGGAACGGAGGCACUUCUUAUGGGAUUGCUUAUCGAGGGGACUAGCUCUGCUGCUAAGUUUUUGCGGGCAAAUGGAAUUACACUUUUCAAGGUGCGGGAAGAGUCCAUAAAGUCGAUUCCAAAGGGCGACAUGUAUUUUUUCAGCCCCGAGCAUCCGCCGCUGACCGAAGAUUGCCAAAGGGUGCUUGAUUGGGCUGUCGAUCAAAAAUUGAAGUCUGCUGAUGGUGGAGAGAUUACGACGAGCCAUUUGCUUCUCGGUAUCUGGUCUGAAGUGGAGUCGCCAGGUCACAAGAUACUAGCUGCCCUUGGUUUUGAUGACGACAAGGCCAAAGAGCUGAAGUCUCAAAUUUGCGAACCGGAAUAUGACGGCUAACGGAUUUUCCCCCCUCGAUUUCUUUUUAAUUCUUACGCGGGAAUCUGGGGUUCCUUGGGAAAGCCGUGACGCUCAAACUAGUCUCCUCAAUAUGUUCAGUCCCUAAUCCCUCUCACAGGCUGGCACGAUCGGAUGAUUUCUUGACCAUUUUUGUUUGUUGAUUGUUGCGACUUGAGAUUCCUUGAAAAAUGAGAUGGAUCCAUCAUGUUUGUAUCAA